GGGUCACGUCGACGUCGUCGUCUUCGGCGGCUAUAAAACUAGGUUAGACGUCGAGCGACCGGCCCCUUGCUUCUCUCCCCCGGCCCGCCCGCCCGCCCGCUCGCUCGCCGCUGGAUCAGUUUCGUGGCGCUUUGGAGCAGCGAAGUGGUUGCUGUGCUUGGUAUUUCUAGUGCGUAGUAUCGCCAUCAGCGCUCAAUAAUACUACUCCUCUUCCUCUAUGCUGCACGCCCCGGCCCCUUUGUUUUGUAGCUCUUGUCAGCGAACCUUCCCCCUGAAAACCCCACCCACCCUUCCUCUCCGAUCCUCCUAGUAGCGCCUCACUUGCUUCAUUCCGAUCCAUUCCACCACCCAUCUCCCUCCUCAGCUCCCCUCUCCGCUCUCCCUCCCUCGCUCGCGCUCUCCACGCGGAUCACCGGAGGCUAGCUAGCAAGCUCGACCGGCGCGGCCGAUCUAGCUCGCGCUUGUUGGCCGCUUCAGCUUAGCAGCGGCGGCACGUCGUCAACCUGUGCUGUGAGAAAGACUAGUAGAGAGAGAUACGUGUAAGGAUGGCUGGCGCGGGGGGUGCGACGGCUGUGAAGCAGCCGGCGGCGGGGGCGCCCGACGCUGGGGCCAGCAGGAGCGGGGUCGGGGCUGGCGCCGCCGGGGCGCCGGUCGCCGACCCGCGCGCCGAGGCGCUGCGGUGCCCGCGCUGCGACUCGGCCAACACCAAGUUCUGCUACUACAACAACUACUCGCUGUCGCAGCCGCGGCACUUCUGCAAGGCGUGCAAGCGCUACUGGACGCGCGGGGGCACGCUCCGCAACGUCCCCGUCGGCGGGGGCUGCCGCAAGAACAAGCGCUCCAGGAGCAGCGGCGGGCCCGGCGCCGGCGGGAGGAACGGGUCCUCCGCUGCUGCUGCUGCUGCCGCCGCCGCCGCCGCCGUCACGUCCUCCUCGGCGCCGUCGACGCUGUCCCUCCCGCUGCAUACGGGGUCCCUGCCGUCGUUGUCCUCGGCGCUGGGGCUGCCCGGGGGCGCCUCGCUCGCGUCGCUCCUCCUCGGGACCGCUGGCUCUGGCGGUGACCACCUCGGCCUCUUCCAGGCCGCCAUGCAGUCGGUGGUCUCCUCGGAGGCGACCGCCUACGAGAUGCAGCAGCAGCAGCAGACGCAGGUGGACCACCUGCUAGGCCUCGGCUACGGAGGCGCCGGCGCCGGCGCCGGCGCGCAGAUCCACCUCAAGCCGUGGAUGCACGAGGCACCCGGUGCUGGCGCGGGCGGGAUCAUGGACAGCUUCUACGCGCCGCUGCUGUCCAGCUCCCUCGUGCCGGGCCUGGAGGAGCUGCACGUCAAGGCGGAGGUCGCCGGUGCCGGGGAUCACCAGCAGAAGCCCGCGCCCGGGGACCAGCAGAGCGCCAGCUGGGAGCUGCCGACGCCGUCGUCGUCCAACGUCGACGCCAACGUCAUCGCAUCUGACGCGCUCAUGGCCGCCGCCGCCGCGUCCAUGAACCCCGGGGUUAGCUCCGCCACAGCCGCCACGGCGCCAACCGUCCCCUCCUCGUUCAUGUACUGGGGCAACGGCGGUAUUGGCGGCGCUGCCGCGGCGUGGCCAGACCUCACCAACUGCGGAUCCUCCAUUGCCACGUUCUUCUAGCCGUCUGGCUGUCCCGCACUCCCGCUGGCCUCGCGUUAACUUCGUUUUUUUACCUUAAUUUUCUGGUUAAUUUUUUCUUGACUAAAAUAACAUGUAAUUUGUGGGGAAAGCUGAGAUGAGAGAGAGAGAGAGAGAGCACUGUGGAAGAAGAGAGCUAGAUCAUCUCACCACCUCAUAGGGCAGAAAAUUGGACAAAUCAAACAAUGAUCCAAUAUUUCAAGAGGAUUUCUUCACCGACGACUCUGAGCUUCAUCGGAUCUAUGGUCUUCGCCGUCGAGCGAUGAUCAAGGCCGUCGACGACUAGAGCAUGCAUGGAUUUGGGAGGAGGAGGAGGACAACAUGAGACCAUGGGGAAGCUAAAGAGAGCUAGCAAAGAAGCCAAGAAGUGUAAGUGCAGCGCUGCCAUGACACUACUUGAUUUCCUACUUCGUUCUUGGCUAGCUAGCUUCUCCUUGGGUGUUUUGUACAUAGAGCAUAUGGUGUGUGUGGGGAUACAAUAGUCAAGGUGGCCCAUGAGAGAUCAUGCAUGGUGCAAGUCAUGAACCUCUCUCUCUCAUCUCGGCAUUUGAAAUCAGUGUGUUUAAUUGGUUACUUCCUCUCUCUCUCUCUCUCUCUCUCUCUCUCUACCAUGGUUUUUGGAAGAACUCUCUAGAUGUACAAGUUAAUACUACUAGUACUUUCCACACCUAUUGCAGCUGAAUUAGAGAACUGUUUUUGAGUUCUCAUGCAUUAUUAGAGUUGUCAAGGGUUCAUCAUGCAUCAAGUUAUCUAGCUACUUUCUUUCUCCCUGCUUCUACUUCUAGAGUGGAAUUAAUUUCUCCUUCUUUCUCGGGGGUUUUUUUUGUUCAAACUUGGCUUGUACGAAUUAUGAUGGCUUUGUGAGUUAUGAGAAAUUUAAACAUCUGGCACUUCUAAUGAU